AUGUUAACAUAUUUACUACAAGCAAAAGCUUCACUACACAACAUAGUGAAAGUCACUCCAGUUGACACAGAAGAUUAUCCACACGAUUAUAAAUUCAUAUUCCAAUGUAACGGAUGUAAAUUAAAUCAUACAAAUCCGAUAGUAAUUAAUAAACAAAAUGAAUAUGAAGUUACAGGGUUUAGACGUGUGGUUAAUUUUUUAAUUAAAUGUAAAGAUUGUAAAAGAGAAAGAUAUGCUAUUUUAACUGAUAUGGGUAGUGGUGGUAUAAUCAAUGAUGAAUAUAAUGAUGUGCUCAAAAUUACUACUCAUGGGAUGAGAUUAUUAGAAUUCAUACCAGAUGAUCAAUUUGAAUGUGAAACUUCUAAUGGUGAGAUUAUUCAAGAAAUUGGUUUAUUGGAUGGUGAAUGGGAAGGAAGAUCUGAAAAUGGCGACAAAUUAAGUAUUUCAAAUGUUGAUUGGAAUUUGAAGAUGAUUAAAGAAAGAGAUUUUGCAAGAAGUGUUUAA